UCGGAGAUCACGAACGCCCCAACCGGAUGAGAAUGCGGCCCUUGGCGCUGAUCCUGGAGCUGUUGGCUGCAUGACUGAUUUUGCAAUUGAUCAUCGAGCUCAGGAUGAACACCACGUGGUCUGCGGAAGAUGGUGGACCCGACACGUCUUGGCCGUCCAUGCUGAACACGACGUACUGGAUAACAGACAAUAUUUCUCUGUACGACGAGUAUGACGAUCUUUACGACGUACCGGCCGGGCUGAUAGCACUUCUCAGUGUAUGUUAUGGCAGCAUAUCAGUACUGGCAGUCGUGGGAAAUUCUUUAGUGAUGUGGAUAGUCGCGACAUCAAGACGGAUGCAAAGUGUCACCAACUGCUUCAUCGCGAACCUUGCAUUGACCGACAUUGUCAUAGGUCUUUUCGCCAUUCCGUUUCAGUUCCAAGCCGCACUGCUCCAGCGAUGGAACUUACCGCACUUCAUGUGCGCAUUCUGUCCGUUUGUGCAGGUGCUCUGUGUCAACGUGUCAGUAUUCACGUUGACGGCAAUUGCAGUCGACAGGCACCGAGCAAUACUUAAGCCCCUGAGUGCUCGGCCAAGCAAGCUGCGAGCGAAGAUCGUCAUCGCUGGGAUUUGGAUUCUUGGUGGAGCUUUGGCAACUCCAAUGGCAGCCGCUCUUAGGGUCGUCAUGGUUCCAGAAAGCGCAGGCGGCCGCCUGCACAUGAAACCUUUCUGCCGCAACGAGAACAUGUCGGAAAGGUCGAUGCUGACGUACCGCGCCCUUCUGGGAUUCCUCCAGUAUCUCACACCCCUUUCGGUCAUAUCCUGCGUGUACGCACGGAUGGCCCUGAGACUUUGGGGUAGUCGAGCACCCGGAAACGCCCAGGACUCCAGGGAUGCCAAUCUGAUGAAGAAUAAAAAGAAGGUUAUAAAAAUGCUCGUCAUCGUAGUGGCAUUAUUCGCCAUUUGCUGGUUGCCCCUUCAGACGUACAACGUCCUCCAGUACACGUAUCCUGAAAUUAACGAGUAUCGUUACAUCAACAUUAUCUGGUUCUGCUGCGAUUGGCUAGCCAUGUCUAACAGCUGCUACAAUCCUUUUAUAUACGGCAUUUACAACGAAAAGUUCAAAAGGGAAUUCCAGCAGAGAUGUCCAUUCAGGUCGCGGAAAUGGUCGGCAAGUCCACCAACGGACAGUCUGGAUUUGGACAGGACCAUGAGCACCAGAGCAUCCAUCAGAUACGAUUGGCGAAGACCUGCAUCCGGUGGUUGGCCUGCAACGGCUUCCUUCUACAGAGGCUUGUCCGUAAGGGGUACUUCGAGGGCACCUUUGAACGACAACGACGUUGCACUUCGCCCUGUAAAUACAACAGGCUGUUGUAUACGAAAUGGACACAGUAAACAGUGCUCCACGACUAAAGUCUCGAAAAGAGCUGCCGAAUUAUACGUAUUUUCCACGGGUAGACAUAAACAUACGAGAGAUCUACCCGAACAGGAACUGUGUCUUUAGUACGUCCAACGUUUAUUGUGUACAUCCGAAAUCCUGAUAUUCAAAUUGAACUGAAAAUCCUUGAUUUAUUCAGAUGAGGAUCCUGGGAAAUGUACAUCCUCCUCGGCGCCUGUGCCUUCCUUUUGGGUCCUCGAAAAACCCAUUUAUAUGGAUAUGCAUCAGAUGGUCGACCGAGCGAAUGGUGUCACUCCCAUGCAUAAAAGCAUAUAAAGUUCCUGCACACUGUAAGAAUAUUAAUGUAUGAUUAUGUUUACGGUAGUCGGUGAAACGCAAUGCAUAACAUUUUUACAGUGUAUGUGGAUCAUUACGUUCGGAAUUUUUCGGAGGUUGUGUGGUUUCUGUGCUUAAGGAUUAUGACUAUGAUGUGUUAACAAAAGACAAUGAUUUGCAUUGGCAAAAUAUCGGAACUGUAACAAGCUCGUAGUACACGGUGGAUUACUCAUUGUCUUCCACUAAAGUGAUCGAAUAUGUUGUUUUUAGUUGGAGGAGUUUAAACAAUCGCGUAUUCUGCUCGUAUAUCGCACGUUCGCUAGGAUUAACGUUAAGUGAACUUUAUUGAUACGUUUUUCGUUCUAGUCAUUAUUGGGAAAAGAGAGGCGUUUAUUGUUGUAUAUAAUAGCUGUAUGAGAAAUUGUAGCUGAGGUCCAUGUCCGAUCACGCUGACACGUUUCUCAGCUGGAUGUAUUUCUGUAAUUUGUUAUUAAUUUAAAUUAAAUUAGUGAAAUCUC